AUGCAGCAGGGGAUCCUCGUCAAAGUUCUCUUGUUCGAAUCAGAUCUGCCAUUACUACAAUCAUCCUGCGCGUCGACAAAUUCGAUCGAUCUAUAUUCCUACGGGAGCCGUCUCGUCAUGGCAUAUACCUACCUCCGCAUCGAUAAAGACGACAACAUCGCAGCAUCCGCCCAGAAAUACAAAGAGCUCCGUCUCCAGGCACUGAAACUCACACCCACCUCAUUCGCAUCCACGUACGAGAUUGAGUCCGCGUUUACGGAUGACGAGUGGAUCUCCCGACUACGCAGAGAUGGGAUCGAGACCUUUAUCUGUGAGCAUAACCAGUCCGGUCAUGUCGAAUGGGUCGCCCAAGUCACUCUUCGCGGUCCGCUACCAGCGGAGGACUUCAUCCUCCCGCCUGCCUCGGGCCAGCCCAUGCCGCGACUCGACGACGCAGAGGAAGAGCGCUGGCAGAUGCUGAGCCUCUUCGUCCUGCCCUCGCACCGAGGCAAAGGCAUCGCAAAAGAUCUCUGCCGCGAGGCGUUGCAGUACCUCAUCUCGUACCGCCCGCAUCCGGCGCACGUCCGGGUGCGCCUGAUGGUCAAGCCGGAGAACCAGGCCACGGUCAGAUUGUAUCGACAGCUGGGGUUCGUUGAGGCGGGGAGGUGUACCCUUGCAGAGGCGCUUAUUGCCAAUGGUGAUGCGGAUCUCCUGCCCGAGGGUUAUGAGGGUGAUGCAAAGUACAGUACACUGCAGCGGCACUCCAGACAACAUGAACGCGCCAUGGUACUUUGCUGGCCCGAACCAGGCGGGCGCCCUGUCGACGAGCCUCCACAGCGUGCCGGGCUUCAGCGACGCGGACCACGACGUGUUGCUGGCGCUGAUGGCGUGGGUGGAGAACGGCACGGCGCCGGGGCAGAUCAUCGCGACGAAGUGGCAGAACGACACGCUGCAGGAUAG